GUCAGAAAAACUCGAAAAAUUGUCAUUGAAAUUUCAGAAUAUUUUAAAAGUUGUGUUUUUUAACUCAUUUCAAUUUAUCUUUUAUAGGAAAUGAUCACAGUCUAUUUUUUAUAAUUGAGAAAAAGAAACAUGGCCUUUUUAAUACUAUUAUAUAGUUUGAUGGCAAUUGGACCAUACUCAAUAAAUACCUCACCUGUACCACGACAACCCAGAAGUACUUUAUAUAAUGCUAUAAAUAAUUAUUGUUUGAAUGCCUCUGAACUUUUAACAAAUCAAAAAGAAAUAUUCGCAAAUUGUCAAAAUUUCGGGGAAAUUAAUCAAACGAUACCACUAACUAAGGACAAUGAACAACAAAUUUUAUGUUUAUUGUAUAGUAAUCGAAUAAUAUCUUACUGUCAAUCUAAACCAAAGCAGAUGGAAUAUCCAACUCUACCACAGGUAAUCAGUAAAGAGUAUGCACUGCCCGAUAUUUGUAAAAACAUAGUCGAAUAUUCAAUAAACAGCAUUAAAGAAUUUGCAUGUUAUCAUUUAUGUACUGGUUUAGCAGAUGGUAUUAAUCCAGAAUGUCUUUUUUCUCAUUAUUAUAAUAAUCUGCUCAAAAAUGCUACCCUCAAUUCAACCACUUCGACUGACAAAAUAACCAAGACUUCUGCGGGCAAUCCAGAAUACAUGGCUGUCCCUGCUAAUAAACCAGAUGCUUCUGAACAUGUAGAAGAAGCUGCUGUUUCUGUAGAUAAACAAGAAAAACCAAACCAAGUUAACAUUGUCCAUGGAGGUGAUUCUGAUACCAUUGACAGUAAUGUACAAGCUAAGGUACCAAAAGGUAAACAAACAGUUGUUGCUGGUGGUGGUACAUCUAAUGAUCUAACACAACCUGAAACAAAUGUUGGAACAGAACCUAAACCUAAUAAGUUAGAAGAACAUGGAAAACUCAAAGUUGAAGGCCAAUCAUCAGGCAACAAACCUCCAACUAAUGGUCAACCUCCAGGCAUUCAACAACCGAUACAAAAACCAAAUGCAGAUCAACCUAAAAGCCAGUCCGAACCUGAGAAACCUAACACGAACGAUGUCGAUACUUCUCAAAUCGAAAAUGUUCCAGUAGGAAGUCAGGAACAAGAAAAACCUAAACUCAAACAGUCCUUAGAAAAACCUGAACAAAAACAGUCCUUAGAAAAACCUGAACACAAACAGUCCUUAGAAAAACCUGGACAAAAACAGUCCUUAGAAAAACCUGAACACAAACAGUCCUUAGAAAAACCUCUUGAAUCUAAACCGUAUAUAAAAAAACAAGUAGAGAAGGUUCAAAGUACAAUAAUUGAUGGUCAUCCUGUACCAAGUGAAACAGUUGAUGAGCCGAAAGAAAAUGUAAAUCCACCGAAAAUAGAGAAUGGUGAUACUGAUAUUGAUGACGGGGAAGGGCAGCAUGGUGUUCCAGAUUUGGAAGAUUAUAAUGCAGGAGAUAACCUUGCAGAUGAUGGUAUUCCUCAGCAUACUGCUGAAGAAGCGAAAGAAAAGAUUUCCGAGAAGAAACCGGAUACGCUUCAAGGGAAUCCCAUCAGUACUGAUAAUAUCGACGAAAUUGAUGGAGAAUCAUACUUUCUGUCAUAUUUUAUGGUCGUAUGCGUCUUAGUUGUUUUGGGAUAUGUCGGGUAUCACAACAGAAUUAAGGUUAUGGCGCUCCUACUCGAAGGCAAAAGAAGCAGAAGGCCUUACAGAGGCAGAAGACCCAAUUCCGCCAAUUAUCACAAAUUAGAUAGCAAUUUGGAAGAAGCUAUUUCAUCGAACGUCACCAAAAACUCGAAUAACGUUAUUUAUUAAUUCAUGAAAAUUAUAUUUAUAUAUAUAAAAACAAUAUUUUCGUCAUUUUUCAUAUCAUUCGCGGUUGUUUUUAUGUAUUUAGAGGCAACGUGCCUUGCGCAAAUUAUUCUCCUUUCUUUCGAAUAAUACGAUUUAGCACGUUACAAUUUUGAAAUAAAUGGAUGGCAAACUUAUAAAGUGCGCAGGCGCUGUAUUUUAGAUAAAAUUUUAACUACUUUCAUUAUUAAACUGAUUUCCAUUAAUGUGCGAUAAAAAGUCGUAUAAAAAUUGACAGAUACGGCAUACAUAACCUUAAAGUGUGUGAAGCAUAACUACCUCUUGUCUUAGUCCGCAGUACGUUCACCUCUGCUACUUACCAUUCAACGUAAAAUUUACAUCAGGUCGACGGACUAAAAAAACGUCUCUUUAAAUUUGGCGGUCACUAUAACCGAUUUAGUGAUAUCGUAUUUAUUAAAUAAUCCUGCGAAAAUAAAUUAUGUGGUAAUUAGAAAACAUAACCUCGUUAUUUCGAUAUGUUACAUCCGGUGAACUCAUCAAUCGCCGGAAUAAUUCUGUCGAUCAAGCCUUGUUUCGUAUUUACUAUCAAAUGAUCUUACAAUUGCUCGGCAAAAGCAACAUCGUAAAAUCGACAAGACCAGGCGUCGUAAAGCAAAACUGUGGUAGACUCGUAAAAAUACAUCCAUUCACGAAGAUUUAAAUAUGUGGUAAUCAAGCAAAGCACGUACUGUUCGGUUUCCUGUCUCCCUCUCCUAUCUCAGUUUGAAGGUUCUUGAAUAUCUCAAGACUCUACAAACCCAAUUUGAUGACGUGGAAAACGCUUCUGGAAGUGAUGGUAGUGCGGUAGAUGUAUUGAAGAUUUGGAAUUAUAAAGCGUCUGAAUGCUGGCAUGAGCUCCCAACAGAAUCUUUUGGAUUCCGAUGGAGAAAGCGAUAGAUUUUGGAGGCGAGAUACGGAAUCGAAUUUUUGUUUAUAAGGACGUCACAGAUCGCAGUAGUAAAAGUUAAUUUUCAAAUGAAAUUCAGUGAAUUGUAUGAAAUGCACAAAGAGCAGUGCCGGCUCAUGGCCUCAUAAGAUGAGGCAAACUAUGAAAUGCUUUUUAUUUUGUUAGUUAUUAAACUAUACAGCAAGAACCUACGUGGGUUCUUUCUUAAAAAUAAAGUAUUUUCUUCCAUUUAUGUAAAAUGUCUUAAGAAUUCAUUUUUUACCAAAUUUAAGUCGAGCGAUAGACUGCGAUGAAUUUAUGUGCUAUUCUGCGAUAGAAAGAGAAUAAAAAAAAGGGAUUCAUACAGAAUGUUCUGUAAAGAUAUAUUUAUUUGAAAGAAAGAUAAUUUGUACCAGGCAUGUUUACCUCUGAACAUAGAACAUCAAAAUGUAAAAAUGUGUAAAUACAUCAGUACAUUUUUGAAAUAUUUUGUAUGUACAUAUUUUGUAAAAAUCGGCACAUUUUGAAAAAUCCGAAUUUCCAAUCUUUUUUUUUUUUCAUAUCUUCAACUGUCAUACUCUUCUCCGUUACUAUUAACAAAUACAAUUUAAAUAGUAAAUUUAUGUUCAUUGCAUUACUUUUGAUUUUAGCGCCCUCUAGCGGGAUACAAAUUACGUAUUAAAAAAUAUGACGCUUCAUUUGAGUGUCGCAGAGGAAGAGAAUGAUGUAUGACAGCUGACUUAUGACUGUCUUAUUAAAAAUCGGACUACUUUCGUUUUGUUUUCGGUAUCUCACACUAUAUAAUUCGAAAUAAUAAGGUAUGUUAAUAAUAAUUCGGAUUUUUUUAAUGUGCUUGUAAAAUAAAAAAUACGAGGUAUGUUCAAUACGAAUCCAUUCUUCUGUGGAUAUAAAAAUUUCCUCAAGAAUAUUAUCAAAAAUAAUUAGUUCAUACCUUGUAUUGUAAUAAACAUCAACAAAUUGAGCUUUAAACUUAUAAAAAUUCGCCGUAUUUAAGGUUUUUGGUUAAUUCUUCCUUGUGGGUACUUUUCUUUUUUUAUUUGCGGUAUAAAGACCGGAAUGAGGUAAAUUAGUACAGGAAUCAUUUUUUAUUUACUGAAAAUGUAAUAUCCUUCAUUUGUACCAAUAAUUUAUUUAAUCUCAGAUAUGUUAUGAACCGGAGCUGGGUAGAAGUGCCAAAAUGAUAUAUUUAAAUUUUGAUUGUGAAUAUUCAAUAGGAUAUUGUAAUUAAUAAACAGCAGCCAUGUGAACAAAAAAGUUAUGGCUGGGAGCAUUCAUCCCGCCUUUAUGCAAUUAUUUAUUCUUCAAGCAGGUAAUAGUUGUGCCAUUAACGAUUACUUCUAGCCUAGCAAAGAUAAAUCUGGCAACGCGAUGAUCAAGUCCCUUUUCGGUACAAAAACCCCGGUUGUGAAUAACCGGAACCUCCUGUAACCGGGUUAAUGAUAAAGGGGUUGUAAUAUUUCAAAAAAGCUUUAGAUAAAUAAAGUAUGGAAAAUAAUACGAAUAAUACAGAAUGUAGCUCAGUUUUAUCUGAAGUUAUACCGAUUUUAGUCGAUCAAAUAAACUUAUUUAUAUGAAAAAAGAGUGAAAAUAUUCUUAAGGUGUGGUGCUCUGGUUUUUCUAAUGUACUUUUAAAUGAUUCUGUUGAAAAUAAAAACAGGAAACAAUACAUUUAAAUAAACAACAUAGAAGUAUGCCUAGUUCACCUCACUUCGUAGCGAGUAGACUAUGAAGACUAGAGAUAAGGAGGAGAAUCGGCCUUGAUCAAAUUUCAAAUUUCCUUCCCUAUUUUUAUAGAGUUCCAAAAAACUACUGAAAAAUUUAGUGAAAAUAAUAAAAAUAAGCUGAAAUAAAGAACCUGACUACAAGUAACAUUGAGUAACAAAAAACGACAAAGCAGGAUUUGCUUCGUUCCGGGUUGCAAAACGGGAUAUAAAUCCGAUAUAAAAUUAAAGAAAUCACAAGGAGAUAGAAAUCCAAGUCUUUUUAAAGCUCCUCGUGUAAGUAAAAUAAUGUACAGUACAUGCUCGGUAACAUGAACACAAAAAAAUCCGUUCUGUUGAGCCCAUUUUAUUGCAACAUCUAGAGCCUUAACUGCUUCACAAUGUGCUACUCUUGUCUGGGAGGAUCUCACAAUCACUUCCUUCGGAUUCGUUGUCAUCGUUACACUCAUCUACUUGAUCACUGUCUUCAAUUGAAACUGUAUCUUUGUUCCAUUCCUCUACGUCUUGAGGAGUGUAUUCGACCUGUAAUUUUAAAAAUAAACAACAUUUACAUACAUUCGGAAAAACACUGUACAUAAGUUAAUCUAGGCAUUUGAAUUUAAACCUUACAGGCUCUAUUGCUUGAAGCAGGGCGAUUGUGUCCUCAAGAGCAAUGUCAACAACCCUAUUUUGAUUUAGUCUUUGUUGUAAAACAGAGAGUGGUAAGUCGUCUUCAUCCAGUUGUCCUUGAUCAGUUUCUGCACUGACGUUUACCAUAAUAUUAUGCCAACAUUUAGAGAUAACAUCAGGACUUAAUUUAUCCCAUGCAGCUGCUAAAUGUAUAAUUGCGUCCCUUAAUGUAAUUUUCUUAAGGGCGAUUCCGACUGGAUCGUCCCCAGCCACAAUGCAACUAAGUAAACUGUUUCUAUAAUAAAGUUUGGUGAGUCUGAGUACAUUUUGGUCCAUGGGUUGGAUCAGAGGCGAUACAUUUGGCGGCAUUAACAUCACAAAAAUAUUUCCAUCAUUAGUUAUCAAUUCUUCAGCCUGUGGAUGAGACGGUGCGUUGUCCAGAAGUAACAUCGCUUUUUCUGUAAGUUUUUGAAUUUUCAAAAACUCUUAACCUGAAAUCAACAGCUAGUCAGAUUGUGCACCUAUGUGAAUGGUAGUUCAAUCUUACGUCAGGAACAAACUGCUGGAAAAAUCAGUUUUUGAACAAUUCGCCUGUCAUCCAUGCAUUUUUUUUUCUCCAUUUAUCUUCAAUAAUCUUACUCCUUGACGUUGUUUGAAACGCUGCAGCCAACCAUCACUUGCUUUAAAACCACCAACAUUUAAACUUACACUCAAACUUAAGGCUUUUUGCCUGAUCAAGGCACUUGAAACUGGCAUAUUCCUCUCACGUUGAGCAAGAAACCAUCUAUAAACUCGCAUCUCCAAUUCCGGCAAUUCAGCCUUUUUUAAUGUGCAUUUUUGGGUUGGUUUUAAGGUAUUGCUAACCCUUUCAAGAAUUUAAUCUCUUUUGUUUUUAAUAAGACAAACUGUGGACCUAGCAAUGCCAUAUUUCUUCGCCAGUACGGUAACGUUCAAACCUUUAUUAGCGUCUUCUAAAAUUUGUGUUUUUUUCGAAAGAGACAAACAAUUCGAUUUUCCCUUCACUUUAACCAUUUCAAGUUCAAUGUUUCUCAACUAAAGUUCACUUUAAACCGUGCUUUAACCUGCUACUGUCGGUGGAAAACUGUGGAAUGACUGAAAUGAAAUAUCUACUACGUAAUAUGCAAUCCAGACAGGCUCAAACGAGUUUAUUUGUUGCGUUCAUAUAACCGAGAUUUUAAUUGUUCAUAUUACAGAGUAGCCUUAAUAAAAAAUAUUAUGUUCAUAUUACUGAGCUGUUCAUAACGGCGUGUGUUCAUAAUACCGCGCUUGUACUGUAUUUAUUUCUAAAUAAUAUAUAUUUAUUAUAAAAUAGUCACAAUCCGUACCUUAUACGGAGUGUAGUUUGUUUAAUUACAAAAUUCUAUAAUAAAGAAAAUACAAUCAUAAAUCCUGACUUACAAACGACAAUAAUUACACAUUAAAUUUAAUUACAAGAAAAGAAAAUUUGCUUUUUUUAUGUUUUUUGAUGUUAGAUGAAGAGUUACUAUUGUUAUUUUUCUUUGUUGAAACCCAAUUUAGUCAUUGCAAAUAUUUUUUAUAGGAUCCUAAAAGGUUAGAACAAUGGCAGCAUGCGAUUCCUAGGGCUGAUAAAGUACUGUCUAGUUAUGAUUCUGUUUGUGAGCUAAACUUUUUAGGAGAUGAUAUUUCAAAAUUUGAUGAGACUAUUUUAACUAAUGUAAUAAGAAAAGACGAAAACUACCAUUUAACCGAACUGAAUUUGUUAGAAUAAAAAAAAAGGAAGAAAAUACUAGAACUUAUUGCUGAAGAAAUUAUUCAUCAGGAUGAUGAAAUUGCAGUUGUUGAUGUAGGAGAUCAAAUUUUUGAACGUUUGAAAGAUAAUUUGAGUCUAAUUUGCACACCAAAUGAACAGUGGUCAGGUACAUAUAUUCCUGGAAAAAAUUAUGUAAUUUUUGUUGAAUGGGAUAAAACAUACACUCCAACUAAAAAAAUUGUGAUACACCAGUAUAUGUCUUUUAAGGUAGGUUAUUUAAAAUUUAUUUUACAUAAGAACAAUAAAAUAUGCACCAAAGUACUACCUGUCUCUUUUAGAUUCUAUUUCGAAAAACUAAAAUUUUCCUACCAGAUAAAGUUAUGGACACUUUUAGAGAUAAUUUAAACAUAAUUGCCUGAAACUACCACAGUAAAAGUUUUGUUUUAAUCAUAUACAUACCAAAAUUAAGCUUAUAUAUUAUUUUUGCCUAUACUAUAGCAGUAGUUUUUCUUAAAUCACGUUAAGUAUGUAAUAAUUAAUUUAAUUUUUACAUAUGCAUUUUCUCCAGAAAUGGACAGUCGUUUUUUCAUAAAUCCUAAUUUGGACACUUGUAGAACCAUUAAUGGACAUUUUUUUUAUUUUAUUACUAUUCUGUUUAAAACAUGAUAAAUUGAUAUUUAUGAUUCAAAAAAUAAUUAGGAAUCUAUAAAAGAAUAAAAUAAAGAAUAAACACAUGAACGUAUACAAAAUAAUAUAAUUAUCGAUUUAAAUUUAAAACAAGAAAAUAAUAUCUUGGUAAAUAAAUAAAAUGAGAUAAAUGACUUAUAAUUAAUAUUCUUCUUCGUCCUCACUGAUGCUUUCAUGUUCAUCACUAGUAUCAAUAUUGAUACCUCAUUUUUCGCAUACAAACUGUUCGUCCUCUUCAGAAUCUGCGUAAGUAUUUCCAAGGCUAUUCAUAUACUUAAGAGGAACACAAAUUGUAUGAACCUUAUUUGGGCAGCUAAUAAAUGAAAGCCAUUUAGCUUUUCUCUCUAAUACAUGCUGGUCCUUCCAUGCUGUUUGGCACUUAUAACAUUUCCAGUUUAACGUUAGGAGUCUAAAAUAUUUACCUUUUGUUUGAGUUUUCUUUUUUACGCCUUUUGGUUUUUUGACUUGUAAUUUUUUUCUUUUUGUUUUUCUUCUCUUGCUCUUUUCCGGCUUUCUUUUUCUUGUUCUUUUUCUAAUUUAAGUGCUUCUUUCUUUUGUUGUUCAUGUAACCAAAAAACAGAUGUUAUAACUGAACGUGGUUUUUCCCUAAUUUUUUUUCUGAGGCAUUUGUGCAUCCUCGGGCCAAAAAAGAUAGUUUUUAAAUGGAGAUUUACCAGUGUACUGUGUUCCGUUAACGACAAUUUCUUGGCAAUGUGGUUGAAAAUAAGCAUUACUUAUAGAAGGAUUAAUUGUUUUUGAAGGCUUUGCAUUAUCGGGAGUUUGUUGGUUUUUCUUUUCAAAUGUUAUGGCAGCAUGAACUUGAUAUUCUUCUGGGGUUAUGUGGUUUUUAUCCGACUCAGCUAUAACAUGUAAAUCCUCAAUUACUUCUUGCCAGAUUUCCUGUGAAACUUCUUCAGAGGGUUUAGUAACUUCUUGAGGAACGUGUUCUUCAUUUUGGGUGUCUUUGUGGGUGUUAUCGUCGAUUUCUAAUGAGAACUUUAAAGAUGUAUUUAUGUCAAUUAUAUUACCAUUUUUCUCUGAGACGCUAGCACUAUUCAGUUUUUGAAUUCUUUUCCAGGUAUUAAACAAGUCUUUUGUUGACUCAGGUCCACUCCAUUCGUCUUCUAAAAUGUGUUCUUUCAUGAUUUGAAGUACAUUUGCUGAAAUAUUAGCUUCCAAAACCUUUAAGCAGUUUUGAAUGUCAUCAUUCAUCACGUUAUCUUGCUUAUUGGUAUCGUCUGCUUCUUUUGUGUGUUGUUUGUGUAAUAUUUUGGAGUAAUCUACGUUGUUUGCAUCAAAGGGAUAAAGGCCACAAACUCGAAACCCAUUUUUAAUCGUAUCCGGAGACAUGGCAUCUUUUAAAAUAGUUUCCAGUAGUUUGGCAACAUGAUGUCUCAUCAAUUGCUGGUUUUCAUUUUCAGUGAGCCAUUUUCUUACAUGAAUUUUCCAUUUACUUUUUAGUGGAUAAAAGACCGCCACAUCGAGAGGCUGCAUUACAUGGGUAGCAUUUGGAAAAAAUGCUACUAAAAUAAUUUCUUUUUCACGCAAAAACAUACUGAGGUGUAGAGUCAAAUGGGACUUGUGUCCGUCGACAAAAAAAAUUACAGGGCGUUCGAUGUUAUAAGACUUCGCCAGUCAUCCAUCCUGAUUCCGAUUUUCCUAAGCCCCAACCUUUGGGAAAAUGUUUGGCAAUUUCUGAAGGCGUUCUCUUGUAUGGAUAAACUACCAUAAGAGGCGCCAUGUUUCCGGAUGCUGCAACUGUAAUCAAUACUGUGAGGUUCUCUUUUUCUAAAGUUUUUGAAACAUCGUAUAUAUUUUUAAUUCCCUUUGGGACCAAAACUUUGCCAGUUUUAGGGCAUAAGGAAAUUGCUGUCUCAUCAGCAUUAAAAAUGCGAUCUCCAUUUUCUAAAAUAUGAUAGUAAUCAUUUUCCUUUAAGUAACUGGAAACUUCUUUAAACCAGUUACGUAUAUCGCCUUCAGUAAGCUUUCCACGGUAGCCUGUUAGCUUUUCAGGUGUUUUUAGGGAAAUAUUUGGAUGCCUCAUUAAAAAUGACUUAACCAUUUUUUCCCUGGAUACCGUCAGAAAAUGGAUUCUUACGGCCUAACUCUUUUAUAAGUUUUGUUACGGUAUCAGUUAAACACUGUUUUGUCACGGGAAAGCCGGCCCUUGCAAUAUCAACAAUCCACGUUACAAUACGGCCUUCCUCCUCAGUUGAUAAAAUCGUUGGAGGUCCCAUAUUGCAAAUUUCUGGACUGAUGCCUUUUACUUUAUUUCGCAAAGUUAUGCGUGGAACACCGAAUCUUUUACUUGCGGUUGCAAUGGGAAUGCCUGCCUUUGCUGCGGCUAAUGCUUCUGCCAUAUUUUCAAUGGUAUAUUUCCUAAAUUUCUUUUUAUCCAAUAUGUUGAAAUCUGAAAAAAUUAAUGAACCAAUCGUGGACAUACCCAAUUAUCCCUAAAUGGACAUUAUGUCCAACACUGGAUUUCUUUUUAACAAUUUACUGUUAUUUAUAUUAAUCAACAACAUUUUUUAUAGUCAUUUAAACUAAACUAAAAUCAACUGAAAGACAUUUUUUUCCUUAAAUGGACAAUAAUUAAAAUUAACAGUAACUGUGCUUUAGUUAGCAAUAAACAAUUUGAUUUUUAUUAUUUUCAUAAAAUUUUGUAAAAUCCCUAACUAAAUAUUUUCAUUUAAACCGUGUCUUCGGUCCUAUUUAGCUUUAAUUAAAAAAUAAUUAGCCCUACCCAUCAAAUUUCAACAAUAAUUUGCAUUUAACUUAGAAAUGAAUAAUAAAUAAUGUAUAAAUUAAAAUAUGUUAAGACUUAUUUAGAAAUAAAUACAACAGUAUUUUCUGUACUUUAUUUGGCAAUAAACAAGUUUAUUUUUAUUAAUUUGACAAAAUUAUGUAAAAUUCCCAUAAGAAUCCAUGUAUUUUGAACUACGUUAGCAGUACUAGCGCCCUUGCGGUGAAUUAAAAAAGCUCAAAUAGCGUGCGUUGUUUGGAACCGUAUUUUGAGUAUGCCGAUUCGCCUUCUUAUCUCUAGUCUUCAUAGAGUAGACUGAAAGCUUUUACUUGCUGCGAUGUAGCCAUGGUUUGUUCAUGACUAGAAGUAGUGGGUAAUGGUUGUGCACACACUGGAUAAUUAAGAAAUAAACAAACUUUUUAAAGUAUUAAAAAACUAGAGAAGCUAGAACAACAUUGAAAUAAUUUUUUGCAUUUUUAAAAAGAAAUUAUAAAGCCUAAAAAAAUGUUGGAAGAUGAAUGGUCCAUUUUUAAUCCUAAAGUGAAAACUAAGAAACUAGAAAAACAUUUAUAAUACUUUUUGCAAAAUCACUUUGAAUAAUGAUAUAAAAUACAGAGUGGUCAAUUAAAAAAAUAGAAAAUUGUUUUCUUGCAGUUUUUAAAAAUGCGUAUUAUUUAACUUGUUUUGUUCUUCCUGAUGAAGGCUUGAAAGCGGAAAGCGCUAGAAGAAUUUUAAUUUGCAAAGGUUAAAUUAAUAUAAUUCCAUCAGAUGAAAAUGAUUUCAUACCAGUUACCCAGCUCCGUUUAAAAUGUGAUGAAAACUUGAUUUAUUUAAACUAGUUAGAACGAGAAGUGGUAGAAAGCAAUUUAAGAGAUCAAAACGGUACAUCUUAAAUCAUGUUAUAAAAAAAAUGACCAAGAAUUAGAUUGUGAAUUAUCGUUAUUAUAUUUCAAUGUUUGGAUUAUAUGUAUUGUAUAUUUCUGUUUAUUAUUCAAAUUAAAGUCGGAGAUGUGCCUCAUUAGUUUAUUAUUAUUAUUUAUUUGUGAUAUAAUAAGUUUAGUUAGGUUUCGUUGGUACCUACAGCUUUGUUCGGAUAACAUUUUUUGUAAGAAAGUUUCUUAAAUUAAUAAAAAUUUUAUACUUCGAC